AUGCGCUCGAGAUGCAGCUGGUCCCAAAUGUUCGACCUGCUCACAGCAUGGGCGACAACAUGGGUCCUAGUUCUGCCGCUGUGGCUUGCCAUGGCCCAGGGUAUGAGGACAGAAAAAAUCCAUGAACUGAAGAAGGAAACCGAGCUCAUGUUUUACCACGGCUACGAGAACUACAUCGAACAUGCCUUCCCUGAAGAUGAAUUGCGCCCCCUUUCUUGCGGCCCAUUGACCCGGGACCGAGAAAAUUUAGGACACGAGCUAAACGAUGUUCUCGGAAAUUAUUCCCUAACUUUAAUCGACAGCUUAUCUUCGCUGGCAAUUCUGUCAUCAAGCGCCGAUGGCGGCAAAAAGGCCUGGAGCUAUUUUCAGGAUGGAAUAAAGGACUUUGUUCGACUGUACGGUGAUGGAACAGACGGCCCUGCUGGCCAGGGUGAAAGAGGAAGAGGAUUCGAUAGAGACAGCAAAGUUCAGGUUUUCGAAACAGUUAUUCGAGGACUAGGUGGACUGCUUAGCGCGCAUCUCUUUGCCGUGGGCGACCUUCCCAUUACAGGAUACAAUCCACCAGAGGCGGAAACGAGCUUUGCGAAAGCCUGGAAUAAGACCAGUUUCCCGAAAGGCAGUCAUGGAAUCAACUGGGAAAAUGGGUUUAUAUACGAUGGUCAGUUUCUACGACUUGCUGCGGACCUGGCCAACCGCAUCCUACCUGCUUUCUACACGGACACUGGUCUCCCCUACCCUCGAGUUAAUCUGCAGUAUGGAGUGCGACGGCAGCCGUUUUAUGCGAACUCGCCAUUAAACACCGGUUUAUGCGAUCACCCUGAUAAGGAGUAUUGCCAAAAACGACGGCGGCCCUCCUCGCCAGAGAUAACAGAAACCUGCAGUGCUGGCGCUGGUAGUUUGGUCUUAGAAUUUACCGUCUUGAGCAGGCUCAUUGGAGACGGCCGGUACGAGGAGUUAGCAAAGAGAGCGUUCUGGGCGGUUUGGACGAGGAGGAGUGAAAUAGGAUUGAUUGGCUCGGGGAUAGAUGCAGAAUCGGGCAAAUGGGUUCACUCCUAUACGGGGAUUGGCGCAGGCAUUGACAGCUUUUACGAAUACGCCUUCAAAUCUUACGUUCUACUGUCUUCGGGGGAUCGACCCCAGCACAAUCCCGACAGUCCGUGGCACGCGCUGGAUGAUUAUUUUCUUCCACUAAGUGAGCACGAACAUUCAGCAGAUGCAUUUUUACAGGUGUGGUAUGACUCGCACACGGCAAUCAAGCGUCACCUGUAUCGAGGAGAUGGCUACCAACAUCCGCAUUUAAUCCAAGGGGACGUUUUCACGGGCGCUACGCGAGCAUUCUGGAUCGACAGCCUGAGCGCCUUCUAUCCUGGUCUUCUGACUCUGGCAGGAGAGCUUGAUGAGGCCAUUGGUAUCCACCUCUUACCCACAGCUGUGUGGACCCGGUUCUCUGGUCUCCCAGAGAGAUGGAACGUUGCUACGGGAAAUGUAGAAGGGAACCUUGGCUGGUACGGUGGCCGCCCCGAAUUUAUCGAGUCCACGUAUUAUCUUUACCAGGCCACCAAAGAUCCUUGGUAUUUGCACGUCGGUGAGAUGGUGCUCCGGGAUCUCAAAAGACGGUGCUGGACAAAAUGCGGCUGGGCCGGUCUCCAGGACGUUCGGAAUGGCGAGCUUAGCGACAGAAUGGAGAGCUUUUUUCUCGGAGAAACUACCAAGUACAUGUACUUGCUUUACGAUCCUGCGCAUCCUUUGAACAACAUGGACCAACCGUUUGUCUUCUCGACUGAGGCACACCCCCUCAUUAUACCCAAGAAAACGACAGCAGUCCCACAUCGUCGCAAGAAGCCAUCUACCGCCGACAAGCCACAACGCAGUAAUGACAUUUGUCAGGCAGCACCUCUACCUCCGACCUUCAGUUUAUCGUCCACAGCAGCGCGACCCGAUGUUUUUCAUGCUGCAAACUUGGCCCGUCUACACCUGAUGCCCAGCCGAGGGCCGGCGGAAGGCCCUCUUCUGAAGUACGCAAAGGAUCAUCCGAGCGUGUCAAUAUCUGACCUGUUUUCGCCAACCAAUUAUACCUUCUUCCCGUGGACACUACCUGCCGAGUUGGUGCCCUUUAACGCAACAAGCUCGCCUAUGGUUCUUCGGCCGACACUAGAUAUCUCGUUCCCAAGCAUCCCCGGGAUGGUCUUGGGAUCGAGCUCCUUGGAGCGGGUUCGGGACGGAAUUCUCAUCAAGGCGGUUGGGGGCCUCCGGUUGAGCAUGGUUCAGGACGUACCCUCCCAGAAUGCGCCCGGGAGUGCGGCCGAGGACGAGUUCCGAGUCCAGGUGAUCAACAAUGUGCCCCUCGGGAAAGAUGAGAAGGUAUAUCUCUCGCGGGAGAUCAUGUUUGAUGUCCUAGAUCCCACUGAUCCGAACUUUACCCGCAUUCGUGAUUUUGCGAUGAUUGACAUCGUCAUUGACGUUCUCCCAGAGACAGUCCGUCGACGAAAUGAUUCAAAUGAUCAUCAAGAAUCUGCUGCAGCAGAGCAUAGCCAAAAGCCCAUCAUCCACAAGUCCACCGACUAUAGCGACGAUAGACUCGACUACGUAGAUCCUUCUGCACCGGGUUUGAAGACGGUUCUUUCGUCCUUGAUGGACUCAGUUUCAUCAUUACUGCGAGACGAGGCACAGGCUGAUUCGACACUGUCAUCCCCGAGGCAAUCACCGUUGCGGUUGGUGCUACCGGCUGCCAUGUCCUCCGGUCUCGGGUCGGCUCCGAUGCCGGACGUGGAAGAUGCGCCUACGUUCUCCGUCACAGGUGACUUGACCAAAAAUCGACUCAGCUGGUCAACGAUCUACUUUGCCGAUGAGCUCUGUGAGCGCCGGAUUCCGAGCGACGUUGCGCGAAACCACCAGGUACUGGUCAUCAAACGUGGCGGAUGCAGCUUCUCACAGAAAUUGCGAAAUAUUGCGGCAUAUCCGCCAUCACAGUCUGCGCUCAAGCUCGUGAUUGUAGUCUCAUCUAACGAGACAGACGAGGUGCCAGAGGCCCACCCCAGGUUUUCACCGACUGGCUUGGCUGCCAUCCGUGCCGAGCCAUAUCUGGCUCGGCCAUACUUGGAUGAGACGCAGAUGACAGCGGGGGGUAUCCCACGACGGCAUCUGCUUGGUAUGGUAAUGGUUGGUGGGGGUGAGGAAACGUAUGAAGUGUUGCGACGUGCGACUGGGGUAGGCAUCAAGCGACGAUACACCGUGCGGUCGCAGGGAAUUCCCAUCAAUAAUUUGUAUGUUCUUUGA